AUGCGGCCGCUCAGGCCGCCUCGACCUCCUGACCCUCCUGACCCAGCACAGCGGACAGAGAGACAAGCUGUUGAAGCUCAUGAUAUCAAUGCGAGCAUUACACCUACCCCGAAUGUUGCUGAAGAGCAAGAUGUUGACGUGUGGUCCACUGCGGCAGUCUCCAAACUUCGGCAGGAAUUUACGUCCGAAGCCAGAGCUUUAAAGGAACAGACACGGGAGCUGAAUCGUAUGUAUCAUCUUGCAACCUGUGAAUACCUGCUGCAUGCUGACUCUGCCAUCAGAGCAAUGACGGACGACGAAAAAGCGGUGAUGGAAGCGUAUUUAGGGCGCCGACUUGAACUUCCUGCCCCUCCUAACUUUCUCAGUUGCACAGCUACAGCUUACAAGAGAGCGGCCUUGUUGUCAUUUCACCAGACACACAUAGAGGCAGCCCUCGUCGCCGACGUGCCAGCUCGAGUACGCUUGGGAAAAGGUAUACCCCGUCAGUCGGUACUACGGGAAAUGGCAGCAAGCAAUGCGACUACAGCUGACGCCAAGACCAGGAUGAAGGCAUUUCUCAAAGCUGCACAAAGAGUGAUAUUCGAUGGGGAGCACACUCUGACAUUUACUUUCAUGUCCAAGAGAGUUGCUGACAGCUGGGUACAUGAAACCUUUAAGUUGCGUGGCUGUGAUAUGACCCUAUUGAUGGCGGGAGUGGAAAGAGCGGGGAUUUGCCCUCCGCCGUUAUUAGCUCGCAAUUACGCUAUUCGAGUAAUGGUAACCGAAGAAUUGGACGCGCUACAGCUCAUUCAAAUGUUUGCAGACAUAACUGACGGGCUAGUAGCAGAUGUACUCCACCCUGGGGAGCCAGGUCUUCAGCAACUAGACAAUAACUACUGGAUUAUUGUAUUUAGCACAAUAAGUUGCCCAGUUCAACUAGCAGGAAUCACCUCCAUCGCGUUUGGCACGAAAAUGGUGCUACUACAUCACUUUCAAAAGACGCAAACAGCUCCGUGCACUCGCUGUUACAAUUCAGCGCACGCUCGAAGUAGAUGCACCGUCAAAGAAAAUAGGCUGGGGGAAGUGAGAUCGCACAGACAACGCGAAUAUAUCGAACAAUACGAGGCGCCAACGCUGACGGCUUUACCAGACUGUAUUAAUCUGUCGGAGCUGGAAACUCACUUAAUGGCACUAAAAUUUCCGGAGUCCAUUGCAGGGUGUGGGAACGUCACACGUGCGCCGGUGUUACGGGAAGUGGUACCACCGGCUACUGCCGCAAAUGCGCAAGCUAUGGAAACCGCUCCGGCGGUGUCCGUCAUGACUGUGACACGCGCGAUUCGCUCAUCCCGCAAAGGCGGGCGUUUAGGGGAUCGUGAACGUAAUACUAGGACUGCAGAUCGAACGGUUGCGGCGGGUACAUCACAUCAACAACUUUCAGCAGCACAAGACAAUUCGCGGGUGCAACACGGACGUAAUAUUGGAGCUGAGGUGGCUCGAGGAGAGGCAGGUCCAACACCACGAGCGCGGACGACGACGACAAGACACGAAAAGAAGAAAAAGCACCGCGUACCGAGUCAAAAACAUGCAACCACGGCGGCGGCGCGUUAUAAACAGACGAUGGCCUUAUAUAAGGAGCUCAUGGGGAAGUCAGACAAGUCCGACAGUGAGGACAGCGAACCGGAAGUGGAGUAG